AAAUAAUUACAUUUAUGGGGGGCUUUAUACAGGUGUUUCUAAGCGCACAUGUGGUGCUUUCUAAAUUAUUAUUUAACAUGUUCAAUAGUUUAAAAGCACUACAAUAAAAUAAAAUAAAUUUUUAAUACAAAAAAAAUGCAGUUGAAUGGACUUUACUACUUGUUUGCGCCUCCAGUAUACUAUAACUGAUUAAAAAGGUGGCUUUUGAGAAUGGUUUUGAAUGAUUCAAUGGAUAGGGCAUUUUGAAUAUGGGGUGGGAGUUUGUUCCAGAGGGCGGGGGCGAUUGAUGAAAAAGCACGGUCACCAUAACGUCUUUUUGUUCGUGGGUCGUGAAUUAGUUGCAUGGAGGAAGAUGAACGGAGGGAUCUGGCAGAAGAGGAGGAUCGAAGGGAGACUAGGUCAAAAAGAUAUUUAGGGGCAAUGUUAUGUGUUAUUUUGUAUGAAAGAAGUAGGAUUUUGAAAGUAAUACGACAAUGGACCGGUAGCCAAUGAAGUGAGCGAAGAACAUGGUCUAUUUCCUACUUAAUGUGAUCAAUCUAGCUGCUGAAUUUUGGAUGCACUGGAGAGGAGAUUUAUGAGAAAUUGGGAGGCCGGCGAGGAGGGGGUUGCAAUAGUCCAGAUGGAAGGAGACGAAGGCGUGAACAAGUUUUUCAGUGGAGGCUUUGUCAAGCAGUAGCCUGAUCGUUCCAAUUUUGGAGAUGCCCCAAGAUACCCCUACAUGUUCUUUCAGUAAUGUUAUUCAUGGUGAAUUGAACAGAGCACUGUAAACGAAUUGACUGUCAUGGGACGUUUCUUUAAUGUAAAGAGCACCUAAUUGAAUCAAAUAAUAAUGUCAGAGAUUUUGUCGUACUUAUUCCCCCGUCCCCCCCCCCCCACCCACCCGCCCCGCCCCGCCCCGCCCCGCCUCGGUCCCCUCGGGAUGCUGGAUCCACCUCGGAUAAAAGGUUGGCAAGCAUUCAAAGGGGUUGGGGUGGGGCGUCGUAUGCGUCAUCAAAGCGACUGGACAGAGAAAUAAAACAAAUGACACAUCGACAUCAAGACGUUUCACAACCGAUCGACGAUCGACAACUUAUUAAUGGCCAUUGGGAGAUACAUUUAUUUUGGUUUGGUUUAUUUAGUCGGUCUGCUGCCCGCGUAUCCUCGGCGUGACCGUGUUAGUAAAUAACCUGUACCAAUAAAGUUUCAAUAAUUCACCUUUCGUUUCUGUUUGCUGAACUUCUCAGCACUAUAUAUGUAUAUCAAUAUACAUCACACACGUGUUGAUCCUACUCAAACAUUGAUGAGGUGUGUUCAGUUUAAACAAACCACAUGCUUAAAUCGUGAUUUUGUAUAUUGAUACUGAACGUUAUCCGCUUUGAGCAUGCACACUUUUGUCAAGAUUGUGAACGCAUUUAUGAUGUCAUCGUCUAGCUAGGCGGGAAGCAAACACAUUGCGCGGUAAGGUGGGGUCCAGCAUGCAGCUAUAACCAAACAGUGGAACGAGAAGUACACAACUCAAUAUAUGUUAUAUUCCGAUAAUAAUUGUUGAAGAAACUGCGGCCUUUUAACCAGAUCUAUCUGGGCGUGGAACAGGUUAUAGUUAAAUAGUUGCAGACAAAGAACUGGAAAGAUGAGAUGAAGAACCUGAGAUGUCGAAGUUGCCUAACGUCAGCCCACUAAUAUGACUCUCAUAAACGGCCCGGGUUACCGACGAGAAUCUACAGCAUUGGAUAGUGAGUUAGAAACACUUACAUGCACAGACAUGACGAGCUCUAAUCAACAAGAAACCAUCACCAGAGAUGAUUACGAUGCCGACAUCGAAGACGACGACGACACCGUCUCGUAUAUCCAACCAACGAUCGCCAGUAGCAUCUCUCUCGCUCGGACAUACUUUCUUUGCAUCGCGCUGGGAUUCCUCGGAGCGCAUUACUACUAUCUGGGCAUGCGCACUCAAGGUUUACUAUACACAUCUACCUUAGGCUUCUUCGGGAUUGGUUGGAUUGUAGACUGGUUCCGGUUACCAUCUCUUGUUGAGGCUGCUCGUAAGAUACGUCGCGAGGAGGCCGAGAAUGGGUACGCACUCUAUGCUGUGCCGUAUGGUGAACUAGAAGAGAGGUCGAUCGUGAAUGCAUACCUUUACUCCAUUCCACCAUGGGGACUUUUUGGGAUCCACUACAUGUACCUCGGAACUUUCCGGAAAAACGAUGUCUUUCACCUGAUAUACACAGCAACACUCGGUUUCAUGGGCUUCGGUUGGCUCUUUGACCUUUUCCGUAUUCCGAUACUUGUACGAAGAGCGAACGAAGAUAUCCGAGCCCUUCGUUCGGGAAAACCCGUCUCAUCGAGUACAGCGUGCAAUCUCCACCUUGAUACUGCUUAUUCACUAGCCUUUCCGCUAGGCUUUUUUGGACUUCAUCAUUUCUACAUGAGGCGUUAUUUCUAUGGAUUUGUUUACCUGUUUACCUUAGGAUUGGCUGGUGUAGGAGUCUUGGUCGAUCUCAUUAGACUACCGUAUAUCUUCAAGCGAAAUAAAGCAGAACUUAAAGACCUGAGAUUCUCUUUAUAUCACUUGGACGACACUUACAUGCUAUGGUUUCCUUUCGGUCUGUUCGGUCUUCAUCACUUCUAUUUACGGAACUGGAAGAUGGGCGUGGCUUAUCUCUUCACGUGUGGAUUCCUUGGUGUUGGUUGGCUAAUUGACGCGUUUCGAAUGCGCUCAUUGGUUGAAGAAAGCAAUAAGAAGUCAGACACUGAUCUUCUCUGGAGUCAUCACUUUACGAAAGAAAGAAAAAGCAAAGGAAACAUGAACAUCUUUGUGGACAAUAAAUUACAUGGCUAUCCAAGCAUGGACGAGGAUUGCAACAUUCAAGUGUACGCUUUCCCUCUGCGGCCGAGCGGGAAGCCAUCUUGGUUGCUAGGGUGGGCGUGGUCACCUCCAUCAUCAACGAAUCAAAACGGCUAUGUUAUUUCGGAGGAAAUGCAUAGCCAAACUGAAAGAAACAAAACACCAUUAGUGGAUGAUUCUUUAGAGGGCGCUGUAGGGUGGACAAUAGACUCUCACGAGAACUAUGAAGUUACUAUCGCGUAAAGAUUCAGGACAAUUAGGCCUACAUCCUUCGAGCAACAUUCAUUUGCUGACAUUUUUAUUCAUGGGUUAUCAUGGGGAAAUUUUAGAUUUAGUUUUUCCCCGGUAACGGUUUAAAAACCGGCAAGGCUUUAUACGUAGUGUGCGCACCUAGCUCAGUGCCUCCAAUCAUUUUUAAAGAACCUACUCUACGGAAAUUUAUCAUCAAUAUCUCAAGGGGAAAAUAAUAAAAAACUUUCCGAGUCUCUCUCAAUAAGGACUUUUAGAUUCUG